AUAUACACUCACUUGAUAUCUUUCUUAUUUGAGCGCUGCCUGGUGUAAUCUACCGACUUCAGUUGGCCCAUUGCCUAACUCGAAAUACACAUCCGGCAAACCCUUCAGAAUUCCUUUGCAACUUAGACAAAACAGUCGUGCUCAGCUUCGUCGUUGUAUCUGCUCGAUAUCAGCGCGCUUUAAUCGCUAUUUAUCUAACCGGUUAAAAAUUCCUUUAUAUAUAUAUAUAUAUAUAUCUGUUUUUUUUUUCUUUUUUUUUUGCGAAAUCGCUUGGCAAGUGAGGCAUACAAGUACAUCGUCUCGUUUACUACGCGGUCCUCCGCAGUGCUGCAUCGAACAAUUAUUAUUUAUGUAUAAACUUUCAUGCGCUUUUGCAGCGAACAGAAAAUAUUUCAACAAUUUAUUGGCUUAAUUGCACUUUGCAUUCACAUCGCGCCACACCGAACGCACAACAAAACGCUGCAACGACAUACAAUAACAACAGCAACAACAAAGGCCGCGUACAACAUCCCCCCUCUGCUCAGUUAGCUGUGCAGCGGUUGCCAAGUCAAGUGAGACGGAGCGCCAACGAGUUAGCGGCCGGUUGCUCAAGUGCAAGUUAACAGUUUAUUUUCGAACACCAACCAAUCAAGUGCUGGAAGGAAACUGAAUAAAGCGACUGCCGCUUAUGAUUAAUUCAAAAUAGGAUUGUGCAUAUCGAACACGAUUUCCUCUCCACAGCUUUUGCAAAUCAUCUUUAAUUCAGGCUGCUAUAUCUACGCUACAGCUAACGCUGCUACGACAAAAUGUCAGUCUGGAGCACAACAGCGUCUGGAAUAGAGAAUGCUUUGAGUACACAACAACAGCAACAUCAGCAUCAACAGAUCAAGGCGAUCCAUUGUACAAGUAGUAGCAAUAGUGUACAAAGUGCUCAUGCAAGUGGUAGUGGUAAUUCCAAUAGCAAUCAUCAUCAGCACAGUAAAAUCUUAGCAGCUAGUCAAAGUCUCACAACUAUCGGUAGCCUUGCUCACCUGCACAACAUUAAUCAUACGCCAAGCGGCAGUGGCACUACAAGUACUUCCGGCACUGGCAGUACGCCACAUUUGGGCCAACAUUUUCACGCUUCUGCACUUUCAGCGGCUACAGCAACUAUAAUUGCCGCCACUGCGGCUUCACUCGCAGGACAUUCCAACAAUACACAUAACAAUAAUUACAACGGCAAUAAUAACAACAACGGCAACAACAAUAACAAUUGUAACAGCUAUCAAAGAAAUAGUAUAACACCAUAUACACCAACAAGUUCCAGGCCACGACGCACAACCAGCGCCAGCAUGUCUCAGUCCGGUGAUGAUCUACAUUCGCCCAGCUAUCUGUCAUGGCGCAAGCUGCAAUUGAGUCGGGCAAAACUAAAAGCGUCCAGCAAGACGUCGGCACUGCUAUCCGGCUUUGCCAUGGUCGCAAUGGUCGAGGUCCAAUUGGACAGCAACACAAAAGUGCCCGCCGGCAUGCUCGUCGCCUUUGCCAUCUGCACAACGCUACUCGUUGCCGUCCACAUGCUGGCACUGAUGAUCAGUACAUGCAUAUUGCCAAAUAUUGAAACCGUUUGUAACUUACACAGCAUCUCCCUGGUCCAUGAAUCGCCGCAUGAACGCCUGCAUUGGUAUAUUGAAAUAGCGUGGGCAUUCUCUACACUACUGGGCUUAAUACUCUUCCUACUCGAGAUAGCCAUACUUUGUUGGGUGAAGUUUUAUGACUUAAGUCAACCAGCCGCUUGGUCGGCAUGCAUCGUACUUAUACCGGUAAUGAUUGUCUUCCUGGCGUUCGCGAUACAUUUUUAUCGUUCGCUUGUUACACACAAAUACGAGGUAACCGUUUCGGGUAUACGUGAACUGGAAAUUCUAAAGGAGCAAAUGGAGCAGGAUCACAUCGAUACACAUCAUCACCAUCUGCAUCGGAAUAAUGGCUUGAAUUAUGGCGCAAGUGGUGAAAUAGUUUAGGCAAAUUCGUUGGUGAUGUUUGUUAUGUUGAAUUUGUUACACAUUUUGCAUAAAUAUUUGCACUGGUAGGCAGACUUUAUUUGUAUGUAUGUAUGGAGGACUUCAUACAUUUAGUCGAUAAAGUUCUUUUUAUACGCUACUUUUUACACGAAUAUAGACAUUGAUAACGAUUAACAAAUAACAAAUAAAUGCAAUGCACGUAUGUAUGCAUAUAUAUAGACAUAUAUUUUUAUGUAGGGUAUUUUUGUUAUUAUAUUAAUGUAUGUAAACGAAAACUUAAUUGAAUUGAAUUCUUAAAGAAUUCAAAUACAAUUGUGAUAUUGGUAAAUGCGUUUUGAUAUAAAUUGUAAAAUGCAUUUUGGCAUAUCUUAUUUUAAUUAGAGCUUAAUUUAAAAUUGUAAAACAAUAUUUCUUUAGUUAAACUUUCGCUGUAAGCUUAAAGUAAGCAUUGCACUAAAAAAAACUUAAAAAAUGCAGGUCUAUUGUCCACAAUCCCCGCCAGAAGAAAAUGAAAAAAAAACUUCAUGCAAGCGGAGGGUUCAAGUUUUGGUUAUCCCACAGUAAGAAAAUGCUUUUUUGAAAAUUUUUCAUAAAACCAUACGAGUUACUGAGCAAGAAUUAACUAAUUUCAAUAACAAUAAAUAUCUAAUGUAAAGUUACACUGUUAUAUUAUAGCAAUUCAUAAAAAAUAAAAACUAAUUCUUAUUGCUUUAAAUAUACUUUAAUUUGUGAAAUUUCAACUAAUUUGAAACUUAUUGGGAUUGUGUUUUGAGGAAAUUGUUUUUGAAAUUUUAAGGACAUUACAAAUAAAAGUAUUUCCUUCAUAUGAUAACCGGAAGCCUAAUAUUAAGUAAUUUUAGAUUUUGUUGGUAAUUUUUUUAUUUGCUUCAUUUUUACAAGUAUUUUUGAAACACUCUAAUACAAACAGGAUGUGAAUUACCUGUAAUUAUCUAAAUAACUGAGAAUAUAAAAAAGACGUAACCGUAUUUCAGGAAAAAUUUUACAUUGCUUCUGAACAAUGUGACUUGAAGCAAUUUUUAGGUUAUAGACUUCACUAUCAACUAAUGAACUUUAUAUGAAUAAUUUGCAAAAUUACUUAAAUAUCUUAAUUGUACUUGUUUUAUAAUA